AUGGCUGUGAAGAUGAUGAGAUGGACGCCGUGGCCUCCGGCGUCGGCCGCCGGGGUGCGGAGGUUUCGCGUGGGGGUGAAGCCGGCGAGACUGGACGGAUUUGGGGAAGACUGUGGCGGCGGCGGCCAUGAGGGGUCCGUGGCAGUCAAAGUUAAAUGGAAAGGCGAGCCCAGGCUGUUUCCGUUGAUGGCGCCGUUCCAGUCGCGGCCGAGGGCGGAGACAUCGAGCCGGAAAACUUUGGAGAAGGGGUUGGGAUUUAUCGAGUGGGACGAAGAUGGAUGGUUCGAGAACAUUUGCUGUCUUUCGGUGGUUUCUGAUCACGAUGUUCAUCCUAAAUUCGGAGCCUGGGAAAUCACCUUCAGCGUUCUUCAUUCGUCGGAGAAGAUGGAUUCAAAGGCUAAAACGGCGGUGAUCGGGAGAGUCUCAGUGAAUAUAUCGGAAAUUGCUGCGAGAACAGAGAAAUCUUCGAUUGAGCAGAAGUUGCCUCUGAGCUUGCAGAUUGAUGGAGUAACAAGGGAAGCUUUCCUCACGGUGUUAUUUAAUUUUGUUGAAAUAAGAGAUUCCCAAGAACCAAUGGCUAUAACUCGUGCCGGAUCAGUAAACAUCUCAAGCACAGGCGAAGAAAAAGAAAGUGUGAAAGCAAGAAGAAGAUCGUUGAGCCAAGAAGAAGAAGAAAGCCUGGACGAAUCGGAUGAUUCGAGCACUAUAGAGGCUCAAGAUGUCAAGCCGACCCUUGCUUUGGGACAUGUGCUGACCUCAGACAAGAAAGAAGGAUGGUUUUCCUGGAAAAAUAGGAGGUUUUAUACUUUUAAGCGUGCGAAGACCAAAGAAGAGAAAUUUGAUGAAAAGCCGAAAAGCUCUUGUAACUCUUUCAGUGAGAGCAAGAUCGAUAUCCAUCCUAAAUCGUCUUCAACGGGAUCAGAGAAAGAAGUUCCAGAACCAGACACCAUCCAAGACAAUCCAGAAGGCUCCUGGGAACAAAAAGAGCUCGUAAGUCGAGACGGGCAAUCGAAACUCACAGCACCCGUCUUCCUUGCCUCGUUCGACCAGCGCAGCCCAAAAGCUGCCGGCGAGGGCGCUUGCACGGCCCUAGUUGCCGUCAUAUCCCACUGGCUCCUCUCCAACCCCACCAAACCCAACCCCAACCGUCCCGAGCUCGACUCCCUCAUCAUCCACGGCUCUUCUGAGUGGCAAAAACUCUGCCGAGACACCACAUACUUGUCCGACUUCACCAACUGCCACUUUGACCUCGACACCGUCCUCCGGGCCCGCAUACGGCCCGUCUCCAUCUCUCCCGGCCGCUCUUUCGUCGGUUUCUUUGGUGCCGACAGGUUCGAGUCCCUCAAGGGGGCCAUGUCCUUCGACGACAUCUGGAACGAGAUCACCACAAAUAUCGAUGAUAAUGCCGAGCCGGGAGUGUAUAUAGUGAGCUGGAACGACCAUUUUUUCGUGUUGAAGGUGGACUCGGAUGCUUACUACGUGAUCGACACUUUGGGGGAGAGGCUUUUCGAGGGGUGUGAUCGGGCGUACGUGCUGAGGUUCGAUAAGAGCGCAGUCAUGACCGAGAUUAAAGAGGAGAAGAUAAUAUGCAGUGGGAAAGAGUGCUGUCGGGAGUUUAUCAAGAGAUUCCUGGCGGCUAUACCGUUGAAGGAGCUGGAAGACGAGGAGAGGAAGAAUGGGGUCUCGUAUUUUUCCCUUCACCACAGGCUGCAAAUCGAAUUCAACUACAGCUGCUUAUUAUCGUCUUUCGAUUCUUCUUCUAACUCAUCGUCCCUAAUGUCGUCUCCAUUUUCUUCCUCGACCUCGACUACUAACUCUAUGUCUUCUCCCCUGUGA